AAUGACGACCGACCCAGAGGAACAAAAGAAGUUAAAGCCUUUAAUGCUAACCGGAAUGUUUCUGCAAAUACCCAAAAUAUCGAUCAAGCCAACUUUGGAAGAAAUCCAGGCAGCGUUUUCACAGGUGGUGUUAAACUGUAUUAUGGAUAUUCACCGCAACGUUUACAUGUGGGGUCAGCAGGACUUGCUCAAGAGAGAGAUGACGGCUGGGAAAAACGACAGUCACAGCCUUUCCGUAACCGUAGGAGGUGGCAGUAGAUCCAGUUCUUCGUUUGGUGGUUUCAGAAGUUACUUCCGAAUGGUAUCUGAACACAAAGAAAUUGUAAGAUCGGUGAUGGCUUUGCAAGGAAUGAUGUAUAUGUUUAAGCCUGAUAUUGAAAAAUUACUGAAGAGUUACGGUCGAUUUAGCCACUUAUGGGCCGAGGAUAGAGUGCAACAGGUGCAAGGUUUCGUAGACUCAAAUCCUCUGAAUGUAAUAAUCAGAGACAUGCUAAAGAAAUAUGAAUCUCAAACAGACGAAGUAAACAAUCUCCCUGUCAGACAUAUUAUCGGGUCUAUUGAAAUAAAUAUGGACAAAAUAAAGCUUGGUCUUUACCUUGAGUCAAUAGAGUGGAAAAGAAUUUUGGGCAAACUAUUAAGUCACGCUUACAAAGAGCGAGUAGUAAAAAUGAUGCAGUUCAUCAACGACCGCAUGAAAACUAUGGGCAAGAAAAUUAAAGAUUUGGAUGACGUCAGAGUUCAAAUGUUGUGUUUGGAGUUGAUUCGAGACGAAUUCAUCGGAAUGGAUAUGGAGCUCGAUCUGAUAGAAGAGAGUUACGCCACAUUCUCACAAUUUAAAAUUGACAUAUCGAAAGAGGAUGCAGACUUGGUGUACGGAUUGCGAUAUGCAUUCCAAAAUAUGUUGAUGACUGCGGCACAAGUACAACAAAGAAUAGUAGACAUGCAAGGUCCAUUGCAGAAUGAGCUGACUGAAGGCGUGGCGACGUUCCAAGAUGAUGUGUUUAAGUUUGACGCUGACUACGAUGCGUUUGGCCCUAUGACACCUGGGCUUUCAGCUAGGGAGGCUAGUGACAGGGUAAUAUUGUUCCAAGCCCGAUUCGAUGAACUAUGGCGUAGAUUCGAGAUGUAUUCAAAUGGUGAAAAAUUGUUUGGUAUGGAAGUGAAAGAUUAUCCUAUUUUGCAUCAAAAGAAAAAGGAAUUCAACUUAUUGAGUAAAUUAUACAGUUUAUAUCUAGCUGUAAUGAAUUCGAUCGACGGCUAUUUUGAGACGCCGUGGGGAGAUAUAAAAAUUGAAGUGAUUGUUCAACAGCUAAAUGAAUUCGAUUUGAGAUGUCGAAAGCUACCGCGCGCUAUGAAAGAUUGGCCUGCGUUUAUAGAAUUGAAGAAGAAAAUUGACGACUUCAAUCAGACUUGUCCCUUGCUUGAGUUGAUGGCAGAUAAAGCCAUGAAGGAUAGACAUUGGAGGAGACUGGAGCAGUUAAUGAAUUGCGUCUUGGAUGUGGAGUCAGACUCAUUCACGCUAGCUAACGUUAUGGAGGCACCUCUAUUGAAAUACAAAGAAGACGUUGAGGAUAUAUGUAUCAGUGCAGUAAAAGAGAAGGAUAUUGAAGCUAAAUUGAAGCAAGUAAUGGCUGACUGGGCAGUAAUAGAUCUAACAUUUGCCAGCUUUAAAAAUCGCGGCGAAUUACUCAUCAAAGCUUCUGAUACUAUGGAAAUUAUUACAUUGCUUGAAGACUCCCUUAUGGUUCUAAAUUCGCUUGCUUCGAACAGAUAUAACUUGCCUUUCAAAAAAGAUAUCCUCCUAUGGAUAUUUAAACUACAAUCUACAUCCGAAAUUCUGGAGAAAUGGCUGCUAGUCCAGAAUUUGUGGAUGUAUCUGGAAGCAGUGUUUGUUGGCGGUGAUAUUUCAAAGCAAUUGCCAGCAGAAGCCAAGCGAUUUGCGACCAUAGACAAGCAGUACGUGAAAAUAAUGUACCGAGCACGUGAUAUAGUAAAUUGCGUGGAAGUAUGCACAUCAGAUGACACAUUGAGACAUAUGUUACCUCACCUAUUUGAACAAUUGGAGGCAUGUCAGAAAUCCCUUACUGGAUAUUUGGAGUCCAAGCGUCUCAUCUUUCCAAGGUUCUUCUUCGUGUCCGAUCCAGUAUUACUGGAAAUUCUUGGACAGGCGUCCGAUCCACGCUCCAUACAGCCCCAUCUUCCGAGCAUUUUCGACGCUAUGUACACAGUGGACUUCGACGACAAAGACAGGAUUUACCAGAUGAACUCCGACAACGGGGAGACUAUCCCUAUGGAGCGUCCUGUAGCUUGCGUUGGAGGUGUCGAGAUCUGGUUAAAUGUACUGCUGGAUACGAUGAAGGACACUGUGCGAAGCAUGAUCGCUAACAUAUGUCAAACUAUGACUGGAGAUCCAGAGUUUGAUUUCAUCAAUAUGUUCUGGAAUUUCCCUGGACAGGCUGGCCUACUAGGAAUGCAAAUCUUAUGGACCAGUGACGCUGAGUACGCGUUGAAGAAAGCGAGGGUUGAUCGUUUUAUCAUGCGACUUACCAAUCAGAAAAAUUUGGAUUUAUUGAACGGUCUCAUUGACUGGACCGUAAAGGAUUUAGUGCCGCUGAACAGAACCAGAGUUGAAACCAUGAUUACCAUUCACGUACAUCAGAGAGAUAUCUUCGAUGAUUUGGUGAGGAUGCGAAUUAAAUCUCCCGGAGACUUUGAAUGGCAGAAGCAGGCACGCUUCUAUUACUUCGAGGAUUCUGACGACUGUAUAGUGUCCAUCACUGAUGUAGAUUUCUUAUAUCAGAACGAGUAUCUAGGAAUCACAGAACGUCUCGUAAUCACUCCGCUGACGGAUCGAUGCUACAUAACGCUAGCGCAAGCCAUUGGGAUGAGCAUGGGCGGAGCUCCCGCUGGUCCCGCUGGUACAGGCAAGACAGAGACCACGAAGGAUAUGGGCCGGACCCUUGGCAAGCUCGUCAUUGUGUUCAACUGCUCUGAUCAGAUGGACUUUAGAGGCUUAGGCCGUAUUUACAAAGGUCUAGCGCAGUCUGGCACAUGGGGAUGUUUCGAUGAGUUUAACCGUAUCGAGCUGCCCGUGUUAUCUGUAGCCGCGCAACAAAUCUACAUCUGCCUUACGGCUAGGAGAGAAAAAAAGCAGUUCUUUAUAUUCAGUGACGGAGACGUAGUGACUCUAAAUCCAGAGUUCGCUUUCAUCAUCACUAUGAAUCCUGGCUACGCCGGUAGACAGGAGUUGCCUGAAAAUCUGAAGAUUAUGUUCCGCUCCGUUGCUAUGAUGGUGCCUGACCGACAGAUCAUCAUUCGAGUCAAGUUGGCCAGUUGUGGUUUCAAAGAGAAUAUCUUGCUGGCCCGUAAAUUUUUCACUCUAUAUAAGCUAUGCGAAGAACAACUGUCAAAACAGGUGCAUUAUGAUUUUGGUCUCCGUAAUAUUUUGUCAGUGCUAAGGACUAUGGGCGCACAGAAGCGUAACAAUCCUGACAGCACAGAAGAGAACAUCAUGAUGAGAGUAUUAAAAGAGAUGAAUGUGUCAAAGCUAGUGGAUGAAGACGAACCGCUGUUCAUAUCUUUGAUUGAGGACUUGUUCCCGGGAAUGAAACUUACUCAGACUCAGCAGAAAGAGAUGCAACGCGCCAUUACUCUAAUAACAGAACGCACGGGCCUCAUCAAUCAUCCUGAAUGGAAUUUGAAGAUUAUCCAACUUUACGAAACAUCGCUUGUACGCCAUGGGCUGAUGACAAUGGGCCCUACCGGUUCAGGAAAGACAACCUGCAUUCACACGUUGAUGGCUGCUUUGACGGAGACAGGGAGACCCCACAAAGAAAAUAGAAUGAAUCCUAAGGCCAUAACAGCUCCACAAAUGUUUGGAAGAUUGGACGUGGCGACAAAUGACUGGACGGAUGGUAUUUUCUCAACGUUAUGGAGACGAGCUUUAAAAGUCAAGAAAUCUGACACCACAUGGAUUGUAUUAGACGGCCCCGUGGAUGCUGUUUGGAUCGAGAAUUUGAACUCAGUGCUGGAUGACAACAAGACGUUGACCUUGGCGAAUGGCGAUCGUAUCACGAUGGCUCAGAACAGCAAACUUGUGUUCGAGCCGGACAAUGUAGACAACGCCUCGCCGGCCACCGUUAGUCGGGUAGGCAUGGUGUUCCUGUCUUCGUCUGUCCUGAAGUGGCAACCUAUAUUGGAGGGUUGGCUUAAAAAGAGAAGUGACAAAGAAGCUAAUUGUUUCCGACAAAAUUUCCUAAAAAUUUAUGAUGACGUUCACCUGUAUGUUCAGCAAAAGUUGGUUGCAAAAAUGAAAAUUCUCGAGGCAAUUUACAUAAGACAAUGCAUUGAUGUGCUGGUAGGUUUGCUUCAAAUUGAAGUACCCGGGGGAAAGGUGCAUACCGACCGUCAUAUGGAACGUUUAUUUUUAUUUUCAAUGAUGUGGUCUCUCGGUGCUGUACUAGAAUUAGAUGGUCGUCUCAAAAUGGCGGAGUUUAUGACUAAAUUACCAGUUAAAAUGGAUUGGCCCGGGGCCAAGGGUAAACAAGCGGAGUGGGUCAUGCCUUUUGACUACAUGGUCAAUCCUGCGGGACAGUGGCAACAUUGGGCAGAGAUCGUAGAAGAGUAUAUUUACCCAACAGAUAGUGUACCUGAGUACGCUUCAAUUCUGGUACCGAAUAUCGAUAACGUGUGCACGGGGUUUUUAAUUGACACUAUUGCUAAACAAAAUAAGGCAGUACUGUUGAUCGGUGAGCAGGGAACUGCCAAAACUGUAAUGUUGAAGAGUUAUAUGCAAAAGUACGAUAAUGAAGUGAAAUUGUUCAAAAUGAUCAACUUUUCUUCAGCUACGACUCCAAAUAUGUUCCAAAGAAUCAUCGAGUCGUAUGUGGAGAAAAGAGUGGGCAUGACGUAUGGCCCGCCAAACGGCAGAUCCAUGACUGUCUUUGUUGACGACAUCAAUAUGCCCGUGGUCAACGCAUGGGGUGAUCAGGUGACAAAUGAAAUUGUCCGACAAAUGAUGGAGUGUGGUGGUUUCUACUCUUUAGAGAAGCCUGGAGAAUUUACCAUUAUUGCAGACAUACAGAUGUUUGGAGCCAUGAUUCAUCCAGGUGGUGGACGCAACGAUAUACCUCCUCGACUAAAGAGACAGUUUAACGUUUUUAAUUGUACUUUGCCAAGUGUUAUUUCUAUGGAUAAAAUCUUUGAAACCAUUAGUGCUGGAUACUUUUGCAAGGCGCGUUUCGAUAAGAAGAUUGUGGAAUUUAUGCCCAAACUUGUGCCUGUUACGCGUAUUAUUUGGCAACAAACUAAGACAAAGAUGUUGCCAACGCCGGCUAAGUUUCACUACGUGUUUAAUUUGCGUGAUUUGUCUCGUAUUUGGGAAGGUAUUCUGUUUAUAAAAAGAGAAGAGUGCACGUCUGUCAGCACGGCGCUGAAAUUGUGGUUUCAUGAGUGUUUAAGAGUAAUUUCUGACAGAUUUACGACGUACGAUGAUAAAAAUUGGUUUGAAGCGAAUUUUUGGAAGACGGCUGCGGCAGAAUUACCUGGAUAUGUUGCCGAUUUUCCAACAGAAGAGACUUACUUUGUCAAUUUCCUUCGAGAACCAGCCGAUCCCACUGGUGAUGAAGAUGAAGAAUUUAGCACUGACGCGCCGAAAGUUUAUGAAGAAAUGCCUCCGUGGGACGUAAUUAUAACAUUUUUACUAAAGUUUCAAGACAUUUUCAACGAGCAGGUUCGGGGGUCUCAUUUGGAUUUAGUAUUCUUCCACGACGCUAUGGUGCAUUUGUUUAUAAUAUCGAGAAUAAUUAAUACACCACGCGGCAAUGCUUUGCUAGUCGGUGUCGGUGGUUCCGGUAAGCAGAGCUUAACAAAACUUGCGUCUCACAUCGCCAACUUUACUUUCUAUCAGAUAACAUUGACAAGAUCAUAUAACGUAAACAAUUUUUGUGAUGAUAUAAAGGUGCUUUACCGCGUAGCCGGUUUGGAAGGCCAAGGAAUCACGUUCAUAUUCACCGAUAACGACAUUAAAGAUGAGCAGUUUCUCGAAUUCCUUAACAAUAUCCUCAGUUCGGGUGAAAUCGCUAAUCUAUUCGCUAAGGAUGAAAUGGAUGAAAUACUAAAUGAACUAACUCCUAUUAUGAAAAAGUUAGCACCAAGGAGGGUACCAGUACCUGAUGUGUUGUACGAAUACUUCAUCAUGCGGUCGAGAGCUAAUUUGCACGUUGUUCUCUGCUUUUCGCCGGUCGGUGAAAAGUUCAGAAGUAGAGCGUUAAAGUUUCCCGGUCUAAUUUCUGGGUCGACUAUGGACUGGUUCCAAAAAUGGCCGAAAGAGGCGCUCAUAGAAGUAGCGCACCACUUCCUUUGGGAAUAUCCAAUUGUGUGUUCUAUUGAAACAAAAGUGCAAGUAAUAGAAAUGAUGGGCUCUGUCCAAGACAAUGUGGCAGAUGCGUGUGUUAGCUACUACGAUCGAUUUAGGAGGCAGGCACACGUUACUCCAAAGUCAUACCUUUCCUUCUUGGAAGGUUACAAGGUUUUGUACAAGGAGAAACAUUCUAAUAUCGCCGAAAUGGCUAGAAGAAUGACCACUGGCUUAGACAAACUUAUAGAGGCCGCCGCUAGCGUAGACGUACUGAAGAAGGAAUUGGAAAUUAAAGAACAGGAGAUCAAAGUCGCUACUGCAAAAGCUGACGACGUAUUGGCAGCGGUAGCUGAAUCUCAAGCAGCAGCUGAAAUAGUGAAAGGAGAAGUGCUGGAAGUAAAGGAACGUGCGGUAGCUCUCGUGAGCGUUAUUGCGGCGGAGACCGCAGUCGCUGAAGACAAACUCGCAGCUGCUAAACCGGCUUUAGAUGCAGCUGAAGCUGCUUUGCAGACUAUCAAUGCCGCUGACAUUGCGACAGUAAGAAAAUUAGGGAAACCGCCGUUCUUGAUUACUCUCAUUAUGGAUGCUGUGAUCAUCUUGUUCAGAAAGAAGAUAGAUCCAAUCAAGCCCGACCUGGAAAAGAAUUUCCUGACAGCUUCUUGGGCUGAAUCAUUAAAAGUUAUGGCCGAUGCGAGAUUUUUGAGUAACUUGAAAAAUUAUCCGAAAGAUGAAAUCAAUGCCGAAAUGGUCGACUUGUUACAGCCUUAUUUUAAUUUUCCUCAAUAUACAUUUGAGGCAGCGAAAAUAGCUUGCGGUAACGUUGCCGGUCUGAUUUCAUGGACUAUUGCCAUGGCACAAUUUUAUGCUGUUAAUAAAGACGUAUUGCCUUUAAAGGCAAACUUGGCUAUCAUGCAAGGCAAAUAUCAAGGUGCUAAAAAGGAACUAGACGCAGCGGAAGCAUUGUUGGCAGCGAAGGAGCGUGAAUUAGCCCACGUGCAAAAGCAAUUCGAUGAAGCCAUGGCACUGCAACAAGCUGUGUUGGAUGACGCAGCUAAAUGCCAGGCAAAAAUGGAUGCCGCGACUGCUCUAAUCAACGGAUUGAGCGGUGAAAGGGUGCGAUGGACCGAGCAGUCGGCACUAUUCAAGUCUGAGAUAGAGCGACUUGUUGGUGAUAUUUUGCUAUUGAUCGGUUUCUUGUCUUAUUCGGGACCAUUUAAUCAAGAAUUCCGUACGAUGUUGUUGGGCACUUGGCUAAACGACUUACUCAGGAGAAAAAUACCUGUGUCCAUGAAUUUGAAUAUUACUGAACAACUAACAGAUACUGCAACGAUUGGUGACUGGAAUUUAUGCGGACUGCCGACGGAUGAGCUGUCCAUUCAGAACGGUAUCAUCGUAACAAAGGCAGCGCGGUUUCCGUUGCUUAUAGAUCCUCAGACACAGGGCAAGAAUUGGAUCAAGAAUAUGGAGAAACACAAUGAUCUAAUAGUCACUACGCUUAACCAUAAGUACUUUAGAAAUCACAUUGAAGAUUGUGUGUCUCUAGGCAGACCCAUGUUGAUAGAAGAUGUGGCUGAGGAACUUGAUCCAGUACUUGAUAAUGUUUUAGAAAAAAAUUACAUCAAGAUCGGAUCUUCCUACAAAGUGAAAUUAGGGGAUAAGGAAAUUGACGUAACUCAUGGGCACAAAAUAUACAUAACAACGAAGUUGCCAAAUCCUGCGUACACUCCUGAGAUAUCGGCGCGUACAUCUAUUAUUGACUUUACUGUCACUAUGCAAGGUUUGGAAGAUCAAUUAUUAGGUCGCGUAAUUAUGACUGAGAAAUCAGAACUGGAAAGUGAACGUACACAGUUGAUAAUGGACGUGACAUCGAAUAGACGUAAGAUGCAGGAGUUAGAAGCGAAUCUAUUGCACAAACUGACUACUAUUCAAGGGUCGCUGGUCGAGGACGUAUCUUUGAUUCAAGUGCUCAACAUCACUAAGGCUACCGCCACUGAGGUGAGAGAAAAACUAGAUAUUGCUAAAGAGACGGAAAUAAAAAUAAAUGCGGCACGCGAAGAAUUCCGCCCUGUUGCUACGCGCGGUUCUGUUCUUUACUUUUUAGUGUGCAAUAUGUCGCUAGUGUGCAAUAUGUAUCAAACCUCACUGGCGCAGUUCUUGGAACGAUUCGACAUCUCUAUGGAGAAGUCCACGCCGAGCCCCAUCACUAGUAGAAGGAUCGCUUUCAUUAUUGAUUAUUUGACAUUCGAUGUGUUCAAAUUCAUAUCUCGAGGUUUUUACGAGAAACACAAAUAUUUGUUUACGCUAUUGUUGACUCUGAAAAUUGAUUUGGAAAAGGAAUACAUAACUUUCGAGGAGUUCCAGACUUUCAUUAAAGGUGGCGCUGCGUUAGAUCUUAACGCUUGCCCUCCAAAACCGUAUAAAUGGAUCACAGACAUGUCUUGGCUUAACCUGGUUCAGCUGUCCUCUUUGCGUCAGUAUACAAACAUCAUUGACCAAGUGACUAACAAUGAAAAGGGUUGGAAAAAUUGGUUUGACAAAGAAGCACCAGAGGACGAACCGUUGCCAGAUGGUUAUCAUAACUUAGAUGUGUUUCGAAAGUUGUUGGUUGUUCGUGCUUGGUGCCCCGAUAGAACGUUGGCACAGAGCUUAAAAUACGUCAUUCAGUCAAUGGGAGCAAGAUAUUCCGAAGCUGUUAUUGUUAAUUAUGAGCAAAUGGUGUUGGAAUCUCGACCUUUAGUGCCUCUGAUUGGGUUCUUGGCUAUGGGCUCCGAUCCAACGCCGUCCAUUGAAAUCACCGCUAAGAGGAUGGAAUGCGUGUGUUCUGCUAUUUCUAUGGGACAGGGUCAAGAAGUGCACGCUAGGAAGCUUAUAUCACGUGCACUUUCUGAGGGUCUAUGGGUGCUUCUACAAAACUGCCACUUGGGCUUAGAAUACAUGGUGGAAAUAAUGGAACAGUUUUCUGACUUAGAAAAGACUCCAGAACAAGUUCAUGAGACGUUCAGAUUGUGGAUCACUACAGAAGUUCAUCCUAAGUUUCCCAUAACCUUGUUGCAGAUGUCCAUUAAAUACACUUGUGAGCCUCCUUCGGGAAUUAAGGCCGGUUUAAUGAGGACGUACGACUCCAUGAGUCAGGACUUCCUAGAUUACAGCGAUAGUCCAUUUUACCUACCUCUGAUAUUUACAAUCUCCUUCCUACAUACCGUUGUGCAAGAGAGACGCAAGUUCGGUCCGCUCGGGUGGAAUAUCCCGUAUGAAUUUAAUUCAGCCGACUGGCUAGCGUCUUGCAUGUUCGUACAAAACCAUUUGGAAUAUUUAGAGCCUGGACAGGGUAUUAGCUGGACUACAGUGCGUUACAUGGUGUCAGCUGUUCAAUACGGCGGGAGAGUAACCGAUGAUUAUGAUACUCGUUUACUUGUCUGUUUCACUCGUGUGUGGCUCACAGACCAGUUGUUUACGGAUAACUUCCAGUUCUAUAAGGGUUAUGGCAUUAUGAAGUUUAAGAAUAUACCCGAGUAUAUUGAGGAAAUCGACAAAAUGAAGACCACCGACCCUCCACAAGCUUAUGGACUGCACACUAAUGCUGAUAUCACAUACCAGCGCAAUAAAACCCAAGAUUUGUUGGAUACGAUUCUUUCGAUUCAACCGAAGGAAUCCGGUGGAGGCGGAGGCGAAUCUAGAGAGGCUUCUGUGUACAGACAGUCAAAGGAAAUGCUUGACAAAUUACCGCCCAAUUUUGACCCUGUGGAGGUCAAGGAGAGACUGAAAUUUUACGGUCAAUUCCAUCCAAUGGUGAUUUUCUUAAGACAAGAACUUGAUCGCAUGCAAAAAGUUAUUUCUCUAGUGCGUGUGACCUUGAAAGAUUUACUUCUAGCUAUUGAUGGUACCAUUAUUAUGAACGAAGCCCUUCGAGAUUCUUUGGACUGCAUCUACGACGCCCGAGUGCCAUUGUUGUGGCUAAAAUCGUCAUGGUCUUCAUCUACCCUUGGAUUCUGGUUUACCGAGUUACUCGAGAGGCAUAUUCAGUUCAAUUUCUGGAUAUUCACCAUGCGACCCAACUCGUUCUGGAUGACUGGCUUCUUCAAUCCUCAAGGUUUCCUGACGGCUAUGCGACAGGAAGUGACUCGAGCUCAUAAAGGAUGGGCCUUGGACAUGGUGUCUUUGCACAAUGACGCUACCAAGUACAGUCUGGAGGAAAUUAAAGUCCCACCACCGGAAGGAGUAUUUGUUCACGGUAUGUUCCUAGAUGGCGCGGGGUGGGAUCGGCGUAAUCUGCGACUCUGUGAGUCCACCCUCAAAGUACUGUACACAGCGCUGCCCGUGGUACACGUGUAUGCUAUCAAUUCCACCGCGCCUAAGGAUCCUAAACUAUACCAGUGUCCAGUGUACAAAAAGCCCUGUCGCACCGGCUUGACCUUCAUUACACCGCUUUGGCUGCCCACCAUCAAAAACCCGGAUCACUGGAUUCUCAGGGGAGUCGCUAUACUCUGUGACAUAAAGUAAAUCUUGCGAAACGGUCAUCGUUUUUAACUUGAAUAUUUAUAUUUUUUUCAAUGAAUAUUUUUCCUUAGAAUAAAUAUUUUUUUAGCUAAUUAUGAAUACACUCAUACUUUUGUACAUGGCGUACAAUUAGAGGCAAAUUUGACUGCUUCUAUUUCCUACAGUCAUUUUUUGGAAAUAUUUUGGGAUUCGGUGAUUCCUAUCACAAAUAAAAAUAAUUAUUUCUUUCGUUUGGAAAUAAUAUCAGGCUGUAAAUAUAAUACGUUAAGCUUCACAAAAAGAUUACCGUCCACAAUCGAGUACAUACCUUCGGAUUUGUGUACCGCGGUUUCCGUCAGAGGAUUGUUAUAAAAUGACACAGGUAUGAUUGAUGUAGACCUUAGAACAAUAACAUAUAAUAUACCUACUAUAAUAGGUUCUGAGAUAGAGACUCUCAACAAAGCCGAAAUCUGCUGAUCGUUUUUUUCUGAAGUGUAAUUGUAUACGGCCUGGUACUGUACCCUUUCGGCCUCGUGAGUGUAUUUAGAUUGAAGUGAAUUUUUUAUUAUUGUAAUUUUUUUCGAUAAAAUUUAUAGUUUAUAUUUGAUAAUAAAUCGGCAUAUUAGUUAUAUACUUUAAUUUGUGGUUUAUUUUUGUCAUGAUACGUUUAUUUCGAUUUUAGUUUAACCUUUUUAUUGGAAAGAAAACGUAAGACACACUAAUAUAGUUUAUGAUUAUAUGUAUUAUGUUAAUUUUGAUUUAGUUUGUAGUUUUUAUUUGAAUAUAAAAAAAGUUACAAAUUAGAUAUAAUUUAUUUUUGU